AUGAAGUCAAGUGUAAAAAAGGAUUUAAAAUAAAUAAAUCAAAGAUCUCCAGAAAAGAUAUUACAAAAGAGAAAAAAUAAUAAUUAAUUAUAAUAUUUAGUAAAAUGGAAGGACCAUGAAGAACCAACUUGGGAAUUUGAAGAAAACAUCAAAAAUUUAAUUUAAAAUUUACAAGUUAAUGAAUAAGAAUUACAUACAAAUUAAAAUGAAAUAUAAUUAAAAUAAGGAAUACCUUAAAGACAUUUAUAAUAGAAUUUUAAGCAUCCUAAUUGUUCAGAAGAACUUCUAUUUAAUAAAUAGAAGGAGAUGACAUAAAAAUAUUGUAAUGCUUAUCCUUAAAUUGGUGAUGAAAUUGAUAGUGUUCAUUUAGUUUUAACUUAAGAAGAUUGCUUAUUUGAAAUUAAAUGGAAAUCUAGGUCUGAUGGUAUAUAACCAAAUUCAGAUUUUUAUCAAUAUGAUUAAUUCAAAGUAGUUGCUCCAAUGCUUUUUAUGGAUUUUUUAGAGAUUUGUAUUUUAGGAUAUGAGAAACAUUCAGAUAUAAAGUUUAUAGCACCUGGUAAAGACAAUAUUGAAAGAACUUAAUUGAUUAAAAGAAUCUUAUUACAAAAUCCAAAAUAUGUAGAUACUAAUAAAAUUUAAACAGAUUAAUUGGCAGAAGAAGUUAAAGUAAAUGAUUAAGCUACUUAACUUAAGGAGAAAAAUGGUUAAUCAAAGAAAAACACAAUAAUAACUUUUAUGUAGUCAGAGUAGAAAUAAAAAUAAACAUUAGAAUCAUCUAAUUAAAAAUUACAUGUUAUUUAAGAAUAAUCAUAAAAUGAAAGAUUAUCUCAAUAGGAUGAUUUGUAGGAAGAUAAAUAAUCUUAAUAAGAAAAUAAAGUAGAUUAAUAAUAAUAGGAGUAAAUGAUUGAUUCGAAUUUAAAUUAAGAAGAAUAAAUAGAACAAGAAUCAAUAUCUUUAGAAUAAUAAUAAUAAGAAUGA